AUUCGUGAAUAUUAAUAGCUGUGACGAUGUAACCAAUCACAGUACAUCCGGGUAAGCACACGGCACUGAAAUAAUUGUGUCUAGCAACCUUCAAAGUGAAUCAACGCCUAUUUAGAGGGCCUGUUACUUUGGCCAGCUGCCAUCACUUUGCUGAUAAAACGCAGAUCCAGACAGCAUUUUUAUGACUUUAUCGAGUCAAAACGAGCCCUUGGUGUGGCACUCAGAAACCAUUGAGUCAAGAUUAUUGGCACAUAGAAGCGACACCACUUCCAACGCGUAUAUGAAGUUCACAGUCCCCCAGGAACAUCUGAGUAAAGUUGACAGCAGUAUUCAUAGGAAACGUAGACCAAUAUAUAUAAACACUCGGCAACCAUGUCUUUCAACAUUGACAGAAGCAACACAGAUCCAUUCUACCGCUAUAAGAUGCCUCGGCUCAUAGCUAAGGUAGAGGGAAAAGGUAAUGGCAUAAAAACUGUGAUUGUCAAUAUGACAGAUGUGGCUAAAGCAUUAUCCAGGCCUCCUACCUAUCCUACCAAGUUUUUUGGCUGUGAACUGGGUGCUCAAACCCAGUUUGACUCUAAAAAUGACCGCUACAUUGUGAAUGGCUCACAUACUGAUGAAAAAUUGCAAACUUUGCUGGAUGGGUUUAUUAAAAAAUUUGUCCUCUGCCCAGAGUGUUCAAAUCCAGAAACUAACCUUGUUGUACAAGUGAAACGUGGAUCUAUUCUUCAGAGAUGUAUUGCCUGUGGAUACAAUGGCUCAGUAGAUAUGAGACACAAGCUCACUACUUUCAUUCUUAAAAAUCCUCCUGACCAGGAUCCUAAUGCUGCUACACCAAAUAAAGGAAAAAAGGGCAAAAGAGAGAAAGGUGGUAAGGAGGAUGAAAAGGAUGGUGUCAGCCCAGAUGCAACCCCAACAACAGCACAAGAGCAAAUGGCUGCAAUGAGAGAAUCAGGAAACAUGAUGAGCCUUCCUCCUACAAAACAGAAAGGAGAUGAAGAUGAUGAGGAUUGGGGUGAUGAGUUUACUGAAGAAGCUAUUAAGCAAAGAAUGGAACAGCUAUCGGAUGCUGCAAAAGGGCUUGCCUUUACUGAUGACCUGGAAAAGCCUGCUGAAGAAAGAUUAAACAUUAUUUAUGAAUUGAUCAAAAUUAAACGUGAUGAUGACGAAUUGACUAAACCAGCUGCUAUUAAAGAAGUUUUUUCUGAAGCUGAAAGAUUGGAGGUCAAAGAUAAAGUACCCUUGGUGCUUGUAGAAUUGCUUCUUAAUGAGAAGGCAAUAACACAGCUCCAAAAAUAUAAAGGACUUUUUUUAAGGUUUUGUGUUCAAAAUCAAAAAGCCCAGAAAGCACUUUUAGGUGGACUUGAAAUACUAAUUGCUAAAGAGUACCCUGACUUGAUGACAAAGACUAGUCACAUUUUGAAAGUUUUGUAUGAUCUGGACAUUUUAGAAGAAGCUGUAAUUUUGGAGUGGGGUAAAAAGCCAACAAAAAAGUAUGUUAGCAAGGAAGAAAGUACUCAGAUAUUGAAAGAAGCCCAAGUAUUUGUCAAGUGGCUAGAAGAAGCUGAAGAAGAGACUGAUGAUGAUGAUGAAGAAGAGGAGGGAGAUGUUGAGAUAAUUUAUUCUACCACCCAAAAAGUUGGUGAAGUUACUGUAGAGCCUACUCCUGCUCCAGCUGUCAAUGGGGGUAAAAAACCAGUUAAUGCUGCUGCCGAAGAAGAUGAUGAAGAUGAUAUUGACAUAGAUGAUAUUUAAACAAGUGAUUUAGCUUUUGGACUUUACUAUUAUAUACAUGGGCUGGCAUAAUCUUUAGUUUGGUGGUUCUUUGUAUCAUCUGUAUGAGGUUGUGACUGGCCACAAAUUUAUAAUUUUAAAUUGAAAAUUUAUAGCUUUCAUUGAUAAAGCAAAAACCUGUGAGAUAAUUGGUAAAGAUUUUUGAGUAUAGACAUUCUAAUACAAUUUUUCCCUCUAUUUUGAUAGAUGCAAAAAUUAUUUUAGAGUACUUAAAUGUUUUCUUUUUAUUUAUUUCAUUGGUAAAAUGUUUCUGCAUCUUCAUUUUAAUAUGAUACACUUAAUUUCCUUUCUGGAAAGGUAGGGUGUAAUUCUCCUGGAAAUCAUUUUAAUGAUGCAAUGUUUUCUUCUCAAAUUGGAUCAAAAUACUUGAUUUUUCAUUUGAAUAUUGUAGUCAUAAUCAUAAGCGGCCAUUAAUUUUGUUGUUUCCUUUUGCAAAGUUUAGCAUUUCAUAAAUAUUGUUAAUAUUUUACUAUUUGACAUUGCUAAAGUAUCUUAAAUUUAUCAGUUUUGUUUAGAAUUUAGUGAACUUUUCAGCAACAUAUACAUGUUCCACCUAUAUUUAACAUCCAGCAAACAAGCAAUGCAAAUAAUCUGGAUCAUCCCAAAAUAUACAUGUCAAGUUUUUUCAUCACUACUUGACUGUCAGCAAAACAUUUAUUAAAACUUAAAAAUGAAUAACUGCUGUUCUUGUUUUCUGGAUUCCGAUGUUUAAGUAAUCUUGUUGCUAAUUCCUUUGUUUGCAGCAAAAUUAAAUUGCUUUGAUUUCAUCUCAUCCUUUUUGUGGUUUGAUUGGUUUUAUUUGGGAAAGUUUCUUAAGUCAUACAAAAUGAAAAAAAAGAAAAAAAAAAGCAACCCUUACUGAAUCAUACUUGAUAGUCAUUGGAUGUUAUAACAUGAUAAAUAUAUGUACUAGCUUUACAGAUGUUGCAUUUUGAAAACUGCGCUUGUGUAGUAUCUGUAAGUGAAUACGUGUCAAGUGUUUAAACAGCAGUUUACCUUAAGCUGGAACCAAUAAAUUUAUAAAAACAUU